AUGAUGGUGGUGCCGGUGUUCUACUUGAACACGGCUACGGCUGAGAAGGCACGUGAUUUCUGGGGGCUCUUUGAGGCUCACACGGAGGGCCUUCCCGACCGGCCCAGGUUGUUGGUGUUUCGACAGAGGCUGAAAGGUCGAGAAGCUGAGCGAUGGUGGGGCAACUCGAGCAUUCGAACGUUCUCCACACUGAAGGUUCGGUUCCAUAACCAGUUCCUAAGACGUACGGCCGACGAACUUGUCCGAGCUUUGUUUCGCCGUUGUCUGAGGAACAAACGCAUGCUGGCGACCCUGGAUGCAAGCCCUGCCUCGGACAUUCCUGAAGCGUGUGAGUGGCUGAUGUUCAAGGAUAUGCACCUGGCAGCAACAAUUGGCGCAGAAUUAAUGGAGCGCACCUCAGUCCCCUCGUGA